UGAAAAUAUUCCACAAGAAUGGUUCGAAAGUGACACUCACGCUUAGCAUGAGCUUCGCUAUGAAUCAUAUCUUAGCAUGACCGAUCUAAUCCUGACAUUUAAAACCGCAGCUCAAACACCUACUGUAACACACAACACGCCGGCGACCUAAACCGGCCCCUCCAUCCCCUGCUGCCACAGUGCUCUCAAGUCUAAUCACACCCUGUCCCACCGAGAAAGAACGAGAAUGCCGCGCCACCUGCUGCAGCAGCCCGUCGACCGCCUGGCCGCGAUGGCCGCCGCGCCGGCCGCGGUUGCCGGCAGUGGGACGAGCCUGCGCACGGAAACGCUGCUCAUCCUGGCGGCGGUGCUCUGCUUCCUGCUCUGCGUGGUCGGGCUGGCCAUGGUCGCGCGCUGCUCCCGCAUGUGCAAUCCCUCCGCCUUCUCCGUCGAACCGCCGGGCGCAAUGGCCAAGGCGCCGUGCGAGGGGAUGGAAAAAAAGGCGCUGGAGUCGCUGCCGACCGUGUCGUGGCAGCCGGAGUCGAGCAAGGAGGUGGACGAGGACGAGCCGGAGCGGCCGGAAUGCGCCAUCUGCCUGGCGGCGUUCGCACGCGGCGACGAGGUGCGCGUGCUCCCGCGCUGCGGCCACGGCUUCCACGCCGCCUGCGUCGACGUGUGGCUCCCCUCCAGCUCCACCUGCCCCUCCUGCCGCCGCGCCCUCGUCGUCGCGGCCGCCCAAUCGCCGGCAGCCACCGAGUCGCCCCCUCCUCAGACGAGCAGGCCUCGGCUGCCGGCACAGUAGCCGACGAGUCCGGACGGGGCGCGUCCACCUCUGACCUUUCUUUUGUCAGCUAGCUCUCUGUUGUUGGUACUUGUGCAGCUGGUGGGUACACGUACGUACAAAAUGCAACUGUACAGCGUGUGAUGGUGCAUCACUUAG